AGGAAUUCGCGACACCAGAAUGCUGGCGGAUCGCGCAAAGCCGGCCGAGCAAGACCUCACGACCACCUGCAGCUGCGCGCGGAAAUUUCUAAUCCCCCAUUGUUGCUCGCUCAAAGAAUCAACUUUGACAACAAGUAUGGGGGCUUAGCGGCAGCUAAUUCCCCUUACCCUAUCGUUCUUCGACCGAGAGUGUCUCGUUUAUCUCCCAAACUCGAUGCUAGUUCUUCUCAUAGGAAAGCAGUGGCCGUGGUCAGUCAUGUCAUAUGCAUACCCAAAGAUCGCGGUAUGAGUGCCAAUGCCCAUGAGCAUGCUGCUGGCAAGCACUACCGGGAAGAUUCAUCGCCUGAGGUGGACGUCCUUGGUGGAUGCUCUUUGAGUGAUGAACCUGGCAAGUUGAAUGGACGAAUGCACUAUGGUCGGGCACUAUCGAGCCCUCACCAUGCUCUGAAGAACAAUGUGAUGAAGUCACCUCAGAAAUUGGAGGCUAUGUUCAUAAAAUUGUGGCUUAUGUUGGAUUAUGAGAAUAGGGUUGGUAACGUAGAAGUGUACUUCUUCACCCCAGCGGCUAUCUUUCUCGCAUCACCCGCCGCGACACUCAACGCGGAUAUAUGUAAGUUCUUUUCAGCAGAGACUCGGAAGACCAAAAAUGCUGGCUGUCUUACCCUGUUUGAGUUGUAUCGAAUGAGCAAGCAAAGUGCCUCUCGCUUUUGGGGCGGCGAAUAUCCCUGGUCUGCCCGAUUAGAUGAGAUGGAGAACCUUCCUAGGCUGUCACUUCACCACCGGAGCCAUGCCAUGCAGUUCAAAAUUGCCGAGCUCUUGAAAUGGAAUGUGUCAGCUGAGGUAGUUUCAAACGAGCAUACCCAGUUCCAGCAGAUCAUCGAUGAGAUCAACACAAUAAUCGUGAUUGAGGAGUACGACACGCCGCUGAAUGCUGCGAAAGGGUCACCAUCCUGCGAGCUGGGAAGCGAUGGACGUCGUGUGUUCCAGAUGAUUCACUGGGCCUCCAUAAUUUUCCACCGCACGAUAGUCUUUUUCCAUCUCUGCUUCCAAGAUAUUCUCAACGACCAGCCGACAUUCCGCGUUCGAGGUACUCUUUUGUCCCUUCCAGGCGCCGCAUCCCAUGUUCUAGAACUCAGCCUCAAGUUCCACCACACUCAACCCCGUCUGAUGGUACGGAUUACGUGGCCCUUAUUCUCAGCUGGAAUCGCGACAUCUGACGAAAUCUACAAGGAUUGGGUAUCCAUACAACUAAGACAACUUGGUAGAUACGGGCAGAUAUUCAGCCAUAUUGGCAGGCGUUUUGACGAGAUCAUACAAGGCAGUUAUACAUACAUUCAUGGACCAGACUCUCAUUUCCUCGAUAACUCAGGAGGGGAAGUGCAAGCUUUUCCCUUACACUAUGUAUCUACGGCACAAGAACAUGAGUUUUCAGUAGCGUAA